AUGUUUACUCAUCCACAAAAUAUCACUAUAACUCCUCAAGAAAUGGCUGAUGAAAGACUUAAGAACAAAUUAAAGAAUACAAAAAAUAAAUCUUGCAGAAGAGCAAUACAUGCUUUUGACGUAUACCAAUUUGCAAUAAAAAAGGAUAAUAAAAACAGAUCUGGAAAACUUCCUAGUAGAAAAUUUUUCAGUAAAAGCGGUGAACUUUGGAAAAAAGAGUCUGAGUCUAUUAAAAAUCAUUGUAAAAUGAUAGCGCAAAAAGCACAGGCGAUCUUGGAAAGAUCUUUUAAAGAUUCAUAUCGUGAGCUGAACUCAAGUCAUCAAACCGAAAAUAUCAAUUACGGCCUAACUUCUCUGGGCCAGAUUGAUUCAUUAAAUUACACGUGUGUAAAUACGGAUGAACAUCAAUCUAACGUGUCGGUUUAUCUUAACGAUAAUUUGGCCUUAAGUCAGCUCCAACCUGAUGUUACUGUUUCCCUUUACCGACCAGAACGUAAUUUAGCCUCCAAUCAGCUUCAUUCUAAUGCUUCGGGUUCCCUUUAUCAACCAGAAUGCAAUUUAACCUUUAAUCAGCUUCAAUCUAAUGUUUCAGAUUUUAUUUACCAACCAGAAUCCAAUUCAACCUUUAAUCAGCUUCAAUCCGAUGUUUCGGCUUUCCUUUACCAAUCAGAAUGCAAUUUAAUCUUUAAUCAGCUUCAACCCAAUGCUUCAGCUUCCCUUUACCAACCAGAAUGCAAUUCAACCUUUAGUCAUCUUCAAUCUAAUGCUUCAGCUUCUCUUUAUCAACCAGAAUUCAAUUUAACCUUUAAUCAGCUUCAACCUAAUGCUUCGGCCUUCCUUUACCAAACAGAAUGCAAUUUAACCUUUAAUCAGCUUCAAUCUAAUGCUUCAGCUUCUUUACGAGCAAACAGAAAUUUCUUUCAUUUGUAUGCUAGGAAUGUAUGUGUAAUAACAAAUCUAUGA